AUGUAUUCAAUCUAUUCACUCGACAUAGAAGAAUUUUUGCUCCAACCAAACGAAAAGAGACUUUUCAUUCUCGAAGAGUGUGUCAAGUCAUACCGAGCAAGGCAAGAACAUGAGAAAAUGUUAACGUUUAAUUGUAGUGUGUGUAUGGAGGAUGUUCCUUUCGAUGAUACUUAUAUCAAUGUGUGUGGUCAUCGAUUUUGCAAAUCGUGUGUUCGUGACUCCAUUAAAUACCAAAUGAAACAAACGUGGGAAAAAGUCCAUUGUCAAGAAGGUGGUUGUUUUCAAGUUAUAGACAUAUCAGAUAUUCUCCUUUACAACUUAAUUGAGGACAAAGCCUUACUUCAGAACUACACAGAAAGGCUCGACAAAAAGACGUUUGAGACUUCAAUCAAAUUAUGUCCAAAAUGUCACAAAGAGUUGUUUUUAGUCUGCGACAAAGGGAUGGCUGCGUGUGUUUAUUGUGAGUACACUUUUUGUCGGGAGUGCUUAGAGCCAUGGCAUGUCGGACGAACAUGCGAGCAGUGGAAAGAGUUCAUCAAAAACGAAGAUGAGAACAAAGAACGGAUGGUGCAGUGGAUUAAACAAAACACCAAGAUAUGUCCAAGAUGCAAAAAUCCCAUUCAGAAAAAUGGAGGGUGUAACCACAUGACUUGCAGGUGUGGACACCAGUUCUGUUGGCUCUGUAUGGCCGACUACAAUUCAAACCAUUGGAGCACAAACACAACUGGAUGCAGACAGUUCACUAAUUGA